AUGUACAAACUCGUGGAAAGCCCAGAGUAUGCAGACCCCGAGGCGGAUUACGCUGUAUAUGAAGAAAAGUAUCUACUAACACGUAGAUUGCUCCUAACUUUAAAAAGAGGACUACCUUCGGUUGAAGAACCCUAUGACAACAGCGGUCAUGCAGACAAGGUUGACAAUGUCAUUUCAAGGUUAACAGAACAACAAGCUACGCUUUUUGAGCAAUUAGCCCACGUUUCUAAAUCGACAAAAUUUGUUGAAAAUGAUUUACCAAAAAUCAAUAUUCAACCUUUUUCGGGUAAUUACAAGGACUGGCCUACCUUUCGCGAUUUAUUCAUAAAACAUUUACCAGUGACAGAUACCGCUUACAAAACCGCAUGGCAACGUUUGAGUGAUCGCUUUGACCGACCCCGGCACAUAGUUAACUCAUUCAUGGAUAUGUUCAUGAACCUUCCUUCUACGACGGUUGAAAACUCGAACUUGCUGCGAAAAAUCUCGGAUGGUGCUCAUGAAGUUGUGCGAGGUUUGGAGGCUUCAAAGCAAAGUGGGCGCGACUGCUGGCUAAUUUAUUUAUUGGUAGCAAAAAUCGACCCACAGUCUCGGAGUCGUUGGAUCAACGAUAGUAAGGCCAAUGCAAUACCUUCCAUUGGCGAGUUUUUACAGUUCUUGGACUCCCGUUGCGAAGAACUGGAGUUAAGCGGUCGCAAACUUAGCAGCUCUUCAAAUUCAUCCGAGGUCGGUAGUAAGGCUAUCAAGCAGCAAUCACGUGCAUUGCUGACCACUGAUACUAACGUAUCUAGAGUAUGUGUUAAAUGUAAUUCGACAGACCACACUAUAACAAAAUGUCCAAUAUUUGCUUCAAUCAGCCUUGAAAAUUGUCGUAAUUUUAUAAAUGGAAAAUCGCUUUGUUUCAAUUGUCUCAAAAGUGGACAUACAUCGUAUUCGUGUUCAAGCAAAUUUCGCUGCAAGGAAUGUCAUCGUCGGCACCAUACAUUGGUACACCCUACUACAGUACUGCAGACUCCCACUGCGUCGCCGUCAGCGCAAGCGUCGACCUCUUCGCCGGUCUCUGCCACUGCAUCGCCUGGCCUAUGGUCAACUACGUCACAUGUUGCUCGCCCAUACUCAUCGUGUAGCCCUCUAGGAGUAGAAUAUGCCAAUGUAGUUGAAUGCUCGUCUAGGGAUAGCAGUCAAUUUAUUUUGCCUACAGCGGUGGUUAAUAUACAAACGGCAGGGCAUCGAUACAAAACUUGCCGUGUUUUGUUGGACUGCGCUUCCGAAUUGUCAUACAUCACCGAGCGCUGCGCUCAAAGCCUCGCUCUCCCACGCUCACAUUCACGUGUUGUUGUUUCGGGUAUCUCCUCAGUCAACGCUGAAACAACCCGUGGACCCUGCGCUCUCCGCAUCAAAUCUCGAGUCGGCAAUGACAUUUUAGAGGUCAAAGCUCAUGUUCUCAGCAGAAUCACGUCUACGCUUCUGCAAGAAACAAUAACAAUAUCAGCAGUCAGUCAGCUCAAUGCAGUUCCUCUUGCUGACCCUUCGUUUAAUGAAGCAUCAAAUAUUGACAUCUUAAUUGGUGCACAGUACGAGUGGGAUGUUAUCACAUCGGACAAGAUCUACGACACUCAUGGCAAUGUUAUCGCAGUAUCGUCAAUUUUUGGGUGGAUAGUUACCAGCAUUCCACUACCUCAGGUACAACCAACUAUUUCGCUCGUUACACUUGCUGAUGUCGACCAGUCACUAAGAAAAUUUUGGGAGAUUGAAGAGACUCAUGUGCCAGUACAUAACAGCGAAGACGAUUAUGCAGAGCAUCACUUCACUAACACGCAUUUUAGAACUGAGACCGGCAAGUACGUAGUAGAGUUACCUUUUCAGCAACCAAAGGUCAUAUUUUCAGAAACAAUGAGCGGCUGUUUAGCGCGAUUUCUGACCGUAGAACGGCGUUUGAUAAGAAAUGAUGCACUUCGCCAACAAUACGUUGAAUUUAUGCGCGAGUACGCUCGCCAAGGCCAUAUGAGAAAGCUGCGGUCUGACGAAAUCGAGGUUGAUGAUGGGAUUAGGUUUUAUAUGCCGCAUCACCCAGUGCUGGGGCGAAAGCUGCGGGUUGUAUUUGAUGGAUCUUUUAAAGAUACAAAUCGAGUCUCACUCAACAGUUCGCUAAGCACAGGCCCGAACAUUGAAAGAAAUCUAUUCGCUGUUUGUUUUCGUUUUCGGUUGCAUCGCCAUAAGAGUCCUGAAGCAGCAUUCCCAAGAUUACAGGAGAAGUAUCCCCGAGCAUCAAGAAUACUCGCAGAAGAUUUUUAUGUCGACGAUGUCUUAACCGGUGCUAAAUCGGAAGAGGAACUCCUUCAGGUGAAGGAUGAACUAUGCAAGCUAAUGGCAUGCGGCGGUUUAGAAUUAAGCAAAUGGGUUUCUAACUGUCAACACCUAAGUACAAGCCAACGAGAUCAGAGCCUUUUGAAGUACACGGAGGAGGAUACAGCAAAGGUUCUCGGUUUGCUUUGGAGGCCAGUAGCAGACACUCUAGCCUACAAGGUAUGUGUUGAAGAUUCGACCGAGAUACCGUCAGAUUUAGAGUGGGACACGCCGUUGCCCAUAUCACAAGCGCAGUUAUGGUUGAAAUAUCGCAGCGAUAUGGAGAAUAUAACGAAUUUUUUCAUACCACGUUAUGUGCCUACACCAUCCGGUAAAAUGCUAGAGCUACAAGGAUUUUGUGACGCAUCCAUGCGAGCGUACGCAGCUGUUGUUUACUGCCGCACUAAGGAUGAAAAUGGUGUUUUUCAUGUGUCACUUAUGGCUGCUAAAACAAGGGUAGCACCUUUGAAACCAACAUCCUUGCCCCGCCUGGAGCUAUGUGGGGCGUUACUGCUUGCGCGGCUCAUUAAUGUAGUUAAAGAAACACUGCCACACAAGGAAAUUUCCGUUUAUGCGAGGACUUCGGAAAUUCUUGAGAUCCUGCCUCGCCGCCAUUGGAAUCAUGUUGCGUCUAAGGAGAUCCUGCUGACUGUGCUAGCAGAGGUAUGCUAG